UUUCUCAUGCUCGAUGUCGUGACGUCAGAACACCGGUAAACGAUUGUUUUUUUUUUUAUUCUCCCACUACAGCUUCCGCUGAAACGACGCUUCUCUUAAAUUCGCGUAACAAUCUGUUACAUCUCUUUCGAGCGUAGCUACGUCCAUACGUCCACGUCACGAGUGUACAGUUAUUGGAUCUGCAUAGUCUGAUAUAGUUGAAUUCCGUGAAACAUUAGAUUCCUAGUGUUCAGCGGCUUAGUUCCACAAAACAUCCAAAAUGAGUUACGGCUAUCAAGGACCACCAGUGAUUCAGUUUCCGGGACAUGUACCACCGCCAACAUCGUUCGGAGCUCCGCCUGGUACACCCUCUGCACCUAGUGCUGCCUCUGCCCCCUGUGCUCCGCCAUAUGCUCAAAGUGGCAAUGUGGGGUUUUCACAUGGUCCUCCUGUGUCCUUUGGGAUGCCGCAACCUUAUUCUCCUUAUCCUUCCACUCCUUAUCCAACGCAACCUAACCAUCCUGUACCUGGACAAUGCCCAUCACUAGCACCAAGUGGUCAUGUGCAACAAACACCUUAUCCCAUGCCAUAUCCCCCCCAGCAAGCACAACAACCAUAUCCCCCCCAGCAAGCACAACAACCAUAUCCUCCCCAGCAAACACAACAACCAUAUCCUUCUCAACAAACACAGCAAUCGUACCCUCCACAACAAACACAGGAACCAUACCCUACCCAACCUUCUACAUACCAACAACAACAAAACCAUGAAAUAUAUCCGAAUCUUCAAAGAGCACCAGACGCACGAGAAUACUUUGGACAACCUUCUCCAUACUCUUCCACUCCCAAAACUUACUCGAAUAAUGCAAGCACGUACCAAGGCGGAAGCUAUCCUGGGGGGCAGGGCGCAGGAUCGUAUUCUCCGUACGGAGGUAUAUCCUCUUCGCCACAGCACUCUCGCCCUGCCCCAGCCCCCCGGAGAGAUCAGUUUGCGCCUAAGUUGUCUCCUACGGUUGUGCCCUACGGCGAUUUCGAUCCUAGGGCAGACGCGGAAGCUUUGAGGAAGGCAAUGAAAGGGUUCGGUACAGACGAGAAGACUAUCAUAAACGUACUUGCCAAUCGCAGUAAUAUGCAGCGCCAAGAAAUAGCUGUCCAGUUCAAAACGCUGUAUGGAAAGGAUCUUAUAAAGGAUUUGAAGUCCGAGUUAUCUGGCAAUUUCGAGAAUCUAAUUCUCGCCAUGAUGAUGCCAUUACCCCAAUAUUAUGCCAAAGAACUUCACAAUGCGAUGUCUGGUGUUGGUACCGACGAAUGCGUCCUCAUCGAAGUACUGUGCACUAUGUCUAAUCACGAGAUUCGUGUAAUUAAACAAGCUUACGAAGCAAUGUACGGAAAAACGUUGGAGGAUGACCUAAUGAGCGAUACGUCUGGUAAUUUCAAGCGUUUGAUGGUGUCCCUGUGUUGUGCCAACAGAGAUGAGUCAUUCGACGUAAAUCCCUCUGCCGCGAUAGAAGAUGCCAAAGAACUUCUCAGAGCUGGUGAACUCCGUUUCGGAACCGAUGAAUCAACAUUCAAUGCGAUUCUUGUCCAAAGAAAUGUUCCACAGCUGAGAGCGGUAUUUCAAGAGUACGAAAAUAUAACUGGUCACACUAUCGAAAAUGCUAUCGAGAAUGAGUUCUCGGGUGACGUUAAAAAGGGUCUCCUUGCAAUUGUGAAAUGCGUGAAAAACAGAGCCGCUUUCUUCGCUGAACAGUUGUACAAGAGUAUGAAGGGCAUUGGUACGGACGACGAUCGUUUGAUCAGAUUAGUUGUCACGCGUAGCGAGGUGGACAUGGGAGAAAUAAAGGAAAUGUUCAGGCAUCAAUACAACGAAUCUUUAGAAGACUUUAUUUCCGGAGAUUGUUCUGGUCAUUAUAAGAAAUGUUUACUAGCUCUCAUUUCUUAAAGAAACGUACAAUCAGGAUGAACCAUAAACUUUGCCUUGCCGCAUUUAAAAGAAAAUUUUCAAGUUUGAUCGUGUGUACUUCUACAUCAAGGUACCUCUAUGCGUGUACCUUAUAACUGACUUAUUCGUUGAUGCGUAAAUCUCAUUACUGUAACACUUCUGUGAGCGUAAUGUUCCUAUAUACAAAUAUUUAUAUACUGUUUGCAUGGAUCUGAAGCUUUAUACACGUUUCACGUGCAGUUGUUAAUUGUUCUGCUUAGUCUCGAACGUUUAUAUACAUAUUACAAAAGUAUUCUAUAAAAUCUGUAAGCCUAAUGUAAAAAUUGAAAAUCGACGAGUUUGCAGCAACUACACGAAAAAUAUUCGCCAAACAAUACUAUUGUUACACGAUACUAUUUUCUAUUACUAUACAUGUAUUAUCUGUUACUUACAUUUUUCUAUAUGUAUAAUAUUCUAUAGAUCUGAAUAUGAAUUCUAUUUUAAUAAUGGUUAUUUUAUGUAUACUUGUGGUGGAAAUAAAUAUUAUUAUCUUUAAACAA